UGUUUACGUCUUGUUUUGCUGUUAGAAUGCAUUGAGGGACUUGACCCCGUUUUGGUGAUUUUUCAGAGAUUCUGGGAGGCCACACUAUUUCUGAAUCUGAGAUGAAAGGAUAGAUUUUAACGGAAUAAACUUGUGUGUACCCUGCUGUGAAACACAACAUCAUGUGCUGUGAAUAUUCAACUGAGCAUCUCAGUUCACAAUAUCUACGAAGCCCCUCUCUACCUCCCACCUAUCGGGAUAGAAAUUUCAAGGCUUUGCACUGUCCAGCCAGUUGUGUGGGCAUGAUCUGUAUCAUCUGGCUGUGUUUGGCCUGACUAAUUGUCUAGUUUUAUGAUGCACCUUUUUGCCAGUCGUUCUUCGUGUUUUGCUAUGUAUCUUUGUUUUUCGUGUUUGUUACAUAGGAGGUUGUUUCAGUCACCAUGAAAUACCUUCUUAUGAAAACUCAAAGGCACAUUCCGAAAGGCACAACAGGAUACUGAUCCACUCAUUCAUUCAGAUGAUAAGAAGAGCGUCAUGAUUGUUUUCCUUGUCUGGACUGGAGAAUGUCAACAAAAAUUAUGGCCAUGGUAGAUUAAGUUUUCAUGUGGUUUUAGGCAGUUAAUGCUCAGGUGUUAGGCAAAUAGGAAACCUUAUCAUUCCUGUGCUCCUGAGGCAACCAAUAUGAACAAGUGCAAGCUUUUGAUAAUUCUCUUGGUCAAGGUGUUUACCAUAUCAGAAAGCAUCAGUGCGCAGUGUGGAAAAUAUGAAAAGAUACAGAAUCCAGCAGAUGGAAUUUGCAAGAGUAUUGACAUCCGCAACAAAGUGGAGUUUCUUAGGCAGUUGGAAAACUGCACUGUUAUAGAGGGAUUUCUGCGUAUUUCGCUCAUAAGUGACGCUACACCAGCAGAUUAUGAGCAGUAUUCGUUCCCUAAACUUCGAGAGAUUACAGAUCAUCUUAUGCUCUACCGUGUGCUGGGCCUGAAAACGCUUGGACAUCUUUUUCCUAACCUCACUGUCAUACGCGGCCGCAUUCCUUUCAACAAUUAUGCAUUUGUGGCUUAUGAGAUGCAAGAUCUAGAAGAAAUUGGUCUCUAUAGUCUUCGCAGUAUUAGUGGAGGAGGAGUCCGGCUGACCAAAAACAAAAAGUUAUGCUACAUACAAACCGUGGAUUGGACCAGCCUGGGAGUAGAUCCUGCUGCACAAGACUUCAGAGAAAACAAGGAAGAGAGCCAAUGUGCAAAUUUCUGCCCCAGCAAUUGUUCCUCUGCCAAAGAGGAAGAUGUGAAUGUAAAGCGUUGCUGGACUACUCAGCAUUGUCAGAAAAACCUGAACUGUCGCUGCCCAAAUGGCCAGGCAUGCAUGGACAAUGGCACCUGUUGUCACCAGUGGUGCCUUGGUGGCUGUACAGGGCCAGGGAGUGGGGACUGCCUCAGCUGUAAAGGCGUCGUCUUUGAGGGGAAAUGUCAGCCUCAUUGCCCUCCACACACCUACAUGUACUUCAAAAGAAGAUGUCUUACGGACAAAGAAUGCCUGGGUCUCAGGAAUAAGUCUAGAAAUGGAGAAGGAAAGGCUAUGAUAGUUAGAGGAGAAAAGGGUGAAGGUGGCAUGCCCAGCAUGUGUGUCUCCAAGUGCCCAGACAAGUACAUUGUCAGUGAAGUCGGAGAAUUCAAGAAUGCUGAGUGUGUGAAGUGUCAAGGAUUUUGCCCAAAAGUUUGCAAUGGCACUGAUGUGAACAGCCUGGAGGAUGCUACAAGACUGGAUGGAUGCAGCAAGAUCGUUGGUCCUUUGGUUAUUCAGAUAAUGGGUGGCAGUAAUGUUGCUCAACAAAUGGAAAAGUAUCUGGGAAACAUCAAAGAAGUAACUGGAUACAUCAACAUUCGACGUUCGAUGGCUUUGCUGACCCUGUACUUCUUCAAAAACUUGGAAAUUAUUGGUGGUGAAAAUCUGGCUCAUCAAGGGAGUGCACUUGUGGUGAUGGACAAUAGCAACUUGCAAGAACUCUUCCCAGAAGAGCAGAUGAAGAAGAUGAAAAUCAAAAGAGGAAAUGUGUCAUUCCAUAGCAACCGGAAGCUCUGUCUAUACAGGAUCAAGAAAUUUGUGAGCUACCUCAAUCUGUCCACCACUCCAACAGAUAGUGACAUCAGCCCUGCUACUAACGGGGAUCUGAAACCUUGCAUGGAGCAUCAACUUCGCUUGGAGGUGCAGAAGACGUACCACAAUUCCGCAGUACUUGAGUGGGAGAAGGACUCUGGUGAUACUAGGCAAUUGCUGACAUACAUCAUCAACUACAAGGAAGUUAAAGAUGAUGAUGAUUCGGACAUCAACAUCUUUCAAGGCCGGGACGCGUGCUCUGAUGAUGCAUGGUUGACCAAGGAACAACCUCCCAUAGAUAAUCUUGAUAAAUAUCAGAGUGGUGUGGUGGGCAACCUGAAACCGUACACCAAGUAUGCUGCGUAUGUCCAAGCGUACACUCUGUCUACAGCGUCUCAUUCAGCAAUGACGAAAGUGAUCAUGUUCAAGACAGAUCCUUACUACCCAACUGAACCAACAGAUUUGGUGGUAACCUCUGAUAUGCCUAAUGAACUGAUUGUAACUUGGAAGCCACCAAAGUUUCCUCAUGGAAAUGUCACUCACUAUAAGCUGAUCUACAGGAAGCAGCCCCUCAACCCAACAUCGUUUGAACAGAGAAAUUACUGUGAUCACCCUAUUGUCCCAUCGAAGGAAAAAUAUAAGAAUGAAGCAGCAGAGGAAGAGAUCAAACCCAACAUUUCUGCUAACUGUUGUCUCUGUCCCAAGUCUCAAGAGCAGUUGAAGGAAGAAGAGCGAAUGCAGAAAAUUGAAGUCUACUUUGAGGACUACCUUCAGAAACAUGUGUACUGCAAGAGGUAUGACAAACUACCAGAUGGAAUUGACAUUGACAGGGUUUUGAACAGUGACCCUCAGCUACGAGAGCUUGCCAGUGUGACUCAGUUCAAUGAGAUACACGGCAAAAAUAUAUCCAAUGUAAAAGAUGGAGACAAACUGGUUCCGUAUUCUACCGAGAAGUCUGACAAUGUGGAGGAGAAAAAGUUUGAGAGCAACUUUGACAAGAAUGCCACUGACAACAUCCAAGAGGUGGUAGUCUAUGGCUUGAAGGUGGUUCUCCCGAACUUGGACCAUUACCAGGAGUACAGUAUUGAGGUCCAAGCUUGUCAAGACACCAGUGGGAAAGAGAACGUGAGCAAGCUGUGCAGUUACAACAGAGCUAUUACUCUUGGGAGAACAAAAGCCGCACAGGAUGUUGACAAGGUGAACGUUUCCACAAUUGAAGUGGACGUUAUCACCAACAACACUGGUGAAGUCCUGCUGAAGUGGCAGCCGCCUGCUCGGCCCAAUGGCCUUGUUCUCAUGUACAAUAUCUAUUACAAACGAGCCAACCAAAAGGAUCUGGUUCCCCAAAAAUUGUGUGUGAACAUUCUUGAAUACCAAAAGCACUCUGGCUACAAACUGUCUGGGUUGGGACCAGGCAAUUGGACAGUUCAGAUCGAACCUGUGUCUCUCGCGGGAAAUGGCUCCCACAAUAUUUCCCACACUGCCCAGAGAUUUUUCAUCAUUCCCCCUCCUCCAGGUGAAGAGGACAUGAGCAAAGUGAUUAUUGCAGUGACUGUUAUUGCGGUUAUUGUGGUCAUUGUCUUUGUGGUUGGAAUCGUGUGGGCAAUCGCUAAACACCGGUUCAGUCAAAAUGCAUUGACGGUCAUCUCUCCCAACAUCAAUUACAUGCCCUCUGAACAAAUUUACAACAUGGAUGAUUGGGAAGUUGACCGGGACAAGAUUAAGCUGAUCAAAGAGCUUGGACAAGGAUCGUUUGGAAUGGUAUAUGAAGGAAUAGCCAAAGGCUUGGGAGAAGAUCCAGAUGAAGAAAUUCCAGUGGCUGUUAAGACUGUAAAUGACAGGGCAAGCUUCAAUGACAAGAGGGAGUUCUUGAAGGAAGCUACAAUUAUGAAGGCGUUCGAUUGCUUUCAUGUUGUAAAGCUGCUGGGAGUAGUGUCUACUAGUCAACCAGCCCUUGUGAUAAUGGAACUUAUGGCUCUCGGAGACUUAAAAAAUUAUCUCAGGGAACAUAGACCAGAUGAGAAUUCAGGGGUUAGUCCUCCUAAUUUACUGGACAUUCUUCAAAUGGCUGGUGAGAUAGCGGACGGAAUGGCUUAUUUGGCAGCUACAAAGUUUGUGCACAGGGAUUUAGCUGCCCGUAAUUGCAUGGUGGCACAGGACAAGACUGUGAAAAUUGGAGAUUUCGGAAUGACCCGUGACAUAUACGAGACAGACUACUACAGAAAAGGUGGUAAGGGAAUGCUGCCUGUACGAUGGAUGGCUCCCGAGUCGCUUAAGGAUGGUGUUUUUACAACAACGUCUGACGUCUGGUCGUAUGGUGUGGUGAUGUGGGAGAUGGUCACAUUAGCUGCUCAACCCUAUCAAGGCCUGUCUAAUGAUGAGGUGGUUCGUUACAUUUCGGAUGGUAGCACUAUGGAUAUACCAAAGAAAUGUCCACAAAAAAUGGCAUAUCUCAUGCAACAUUGCUGGGCAAAGAAACCAAAAGACAGACCAACGUUUAUGGAGAUCAUUGAGUACUUGCUUCCACACCUCAGUGCUCGCUUUGAGAAAGUGUCGUACUUUUUCAAUGAUGGCGGAGGCCACACUGAGGGUGGUGGCAAAGGCACAUUGCCUGACCCUGAGGACAGCAGUGAUGCCAGCAGUAUUAAUAGCCUAAGCUGUGAAGGAGCAGCGGCAUCACGGCCCUCGGCUAGUGCUAACCCCAGUGGCUACCAGUUCAAGGGAUCACACGACAAUUACCAUACUAAUUCUUUGUAUGGAGAUUUGAGCUUACACCAUGAAGGAUAUUCAGAUGAGGAUGUUGAGGGGAGAAACUUCUUCCCUCAGAGUCAUGAUUUCAGGGGUGGUUCGUUAAAUGACAUGGAUAUCGGGGGUGACUUUCACUCUCCCAUUGAGUCGGGUGUGGAUGUUGACGAUGUGAGACAACCAUUCAUGUCUGGAGACUUCCAGCCAGACUCACAUAUGCUGACGACACCCCCUUCGUUUGGUGUGGGGGCAGAUCACGGAUCACGCAGCUCAGGACUAAUAGAACUUCAACCUUUGAUAAAUAAGGACCGGAGUAUAAAUCCGUCAGUGUCACACCAACUGAGUACUGUACAGAAUUCUCAUCCCUUCUCAUCAGCAGACAUUGCUCACCAACCAUCAACAUUCGCAAAAAACUCUGAGAGUGGCCCCCAGUCAUCAUCACAGCAGCAACACGCUUUCAGUCUGGUCAGCCCUGACCCUCUCAAAUCGGGCCCGCCUCCUGACAGCUCUGCCGGCCCCAGUGAUCUUACAUGGGCCAAGAGACCUUUUGCUGCUCAAACACCCCCCGUGUCAUCUUCUUCUAAUGGCACACAUCCUACUUUAAAACUGCCAGCUCUGAACCAACCACCUGGGAGAGGAUUCCGCCAGGUGCCACUUGUCAGUUCAGGUGCUAGUGACAGAGAGAACUACAAGACCAGAAACUACCCAACAAACUCUAGCGAGCACCGCCCAACACUUUCUGUGCCGCCGACCAAUUCGAGGGUAGUGAACAUGGAGGAGGGACUGAGCAGCCCAGAAGAACCUAGUCCAAACGUUGCCGAGCUGUGCGACUCCCCCCCUCCCGGUGCAAUCACCAGCUCCAGUGAAGGGAGCAAAGAGAGCAGUAAGAGCUCUGGUAGCCACUCACUUCUCAAUGGAUUAACUAAUGGACACAUACCGCUAACUUCUCUCAAACAUCGGCCUGCACCAUGCUAGCAUGAGCUGUGGAGAGAUGGGGGGGCCCUUAUGGGAAAUUUGGGACAAAGUGGGAAUGGGCUGAGAGGGGAGGCUGGGAAAUGGGUUGGACAUGGGCACGGCAGAACAGAAAUAUGGAAUGGUCAUUGAUUAUGUAGAAAAGUUGAAUGUAUUUUUGUGCCUUGGCGUGUGCAACUUGAACGUUGACUAUUCUUUGUAACUUGUAUGGAAUGAGCGAUGACUUACGACUGACAUCGCUUUUUGUAUUACUCAUGUGCAAGUCACCUGGUUGGGAAAAAACACAGAACAGCCCUCAUUGUAUAAUAUGAAAAUUUUUAAUGGACAUGCUUAUAUUCUCAUAGUUCAUGAUAUUUCUAUCCCUUUAUUCCAUUUCAUGUGUAUUUUAAUUUGUAAAUUGCAUGUUAUAUGUUGAUGUCACUGGCAAAGCUAACAUAAAUGCAUUUUGCAAUGCGGAUUUGACAUUCAAGCUUGUAUGCGUCUAACAUUUACAAGAGAAUAAGAAUUUGGUUGUUGCUAUUUAUGUUUUCUGUGUUGAGGUAUUUCUUCUAUGAAGAGAGCACUUUUGCCACUUAUCGAUUAAAAGGAAAUUGACCUUGUUCAAUUUGAUCCCAAAAGUGACUAUUUGUGAGGAAUAAUAUUGUCGGAACAUUUCUGGUUCCUUGGACAUCGUAAGGUAUCAGUAUGUUUCAAGUGUUCUGUGCUCAUAGGGAAAUGACAAAUCCCACUUGUUUGGUAUCAUGACUAUGCUUGGGCCUUGCCAGUGGUCAGUUAUGGAGCUUCAAAAGUGUUCAUCCCUAAGCACAAGAGGGAAGAGGUUCUACUGUAUAGUGGCUGUCAAAAUAAUUUGAAUUUUCCAGACUAUUUAUGUCCUGUUAUCCUUGUACUCUUUUUUUAGUUACCAUAUUCAAACUUUUUUUCUGAGCAUUAAAUGUAUUCUAUGUUGUUAGCUGCAAGUAUUUGAUUAAAAUCUCUCCAUUUCAGCUACCUGGUGAUUUGACAGUCCCUGUAUUAUAGCGCGCUUGUGUCAGUUUACAAUUUAUCCCACUGAUUUGUGAAGUAAAAGACUAAGCAAAUUAAGAGUAUUCAUGCAUGGAUAACAGAUUACAGUACUUCAUUAUGUUCUAUCAUAUUACCCUCUGUAUUUCCAAUAGGCACUAUUUUCACACCAUGCUUCCAGUGCUGUUCAGUUCACAGGAACAGUACUUCGGUAUUGGUGUUGACAAGAGCUUCAAAUCAAACUUUCUCUAUUUUCUUCCUUUUUGUUUUAUGGAAUAGGAAAAGUAAAAGGGGAAGAAACAAAUCAUUGGUUUUGGUUAUACUGAAGGCUGUUUUAGCUAUCAUUUUAGUUUAUUUAUGUGCAAGUGGUAAUACUGUAUGGUUGUUUGUGUUGGAAUUUGUGGACAUCUAAAAUAAAUAUUUGCAUGUGACUUACUGGUGGGAUAGUAUAGCUUUUAUGAUUAAAGGAAGAGAUUGGUUUUGAUAGCAAUGAGAAAAAAAGGGGUGAACAAAGAAAGGCGUAGUAAGAUAUGGUAUAUAGGUUAACGUAUUAACCUAAACCUUUGGUGAUACUUUGUUGACAAGUUUACGAUUUGUAAGCAUAUGUGAUGGCAUAUUUAUUCAGAUAAAGUCAGUUCCAAGGCGUAAACAACAGAAGUAGAACUGAUCAAAAAGAGUGCCUUGAUGUCUUUGAAGACAGUAUUGAUAUGUCUGUAGUGACUUUUCUGGUCAGUGGCUUGGAAACAAUAAAUGCCUUGCAACUUGUCAAAGUGAUAUGGGAAUUCCAAAACUAUGAUGGGUAUGGUCAUAUUAAUACUUGAAAUUCCUUUUAUUAAAAGUAAAAGAUUGAAAGAAUGUUGGUUUGCUUAAAUUAAUUUUGUACCAUCUGUUUUACCUUAUAUGUUUAAUUUAAACAUUAGUGUUAAAGCUUUACAUUCAUUUUGAUGCGUUGCCUGACAAAUAGGUAUUAAGUUUCAAAUGAAAUGUGUGGCGUAGUAAAAUAGCAGAAAUUAAAAAGACAACAGAGGAGGGGAGCAUAGUUUACAAGUUAAUAGGUCAGACAAUGAGAAGUUGUUUGUUCACCAUUUGAAUUUUGUGGCUGUUUGAAACAUCAUUGUAUUGUUUUGUUUAGGCUUUAGGUCUAGGACAAGCAAAUCUUUCUUAGGAUGGAGUUACAAGCAGUUUAUGUGGGCUCCUGAAUUAUAGGCAGUGUGCGACAUCAUUCUUAUGAUUUUGCUAUUGUUAUCCAGUAAUACAUCACAAAGGGGCAAGUUUUUAUGGUUUGACUAUAUAUAUAUAUAUUGGGGGUUUUUUUGUUGCGGAAUGGAAGGAGUUGAAGGACUAAAAAGCAGAAGAGUGUAUUUCAAGUGGGAGUGUUGGUACUGUUUGAAUGUCUAACUGCCAGUAACAGCGAUGGGUCACACUAUUAAAGAGGCAGAGUUUGCAAAUGUCAACAGCUCAAGGACUAGGGGGACAUUAAUUUCUCCUUAUAAUAAUCGUUUUUUUCUUUCUGCUAAUUAAAAUUUAAGCUACCAACUUAUUGCGUAUUCUCAACAUUUAAAGGCAGUGAAGAGAAUCUCAUGGAUGGCUUCAUACAUCAGAAGGAGUGAAAGACAUCUUUGUGGCAUUAUGAUUAUGAACGUAUGUGCCACGACAUUAUAGAAUUGGGCGCUUGUCAAUUUUUGGACAUGUGUACAUUUUAAAGCUUGUUCGUUUGUCUUGCUUUCGGUGAAAAAAA